AUGUCUUUCGACCAGAAGUUCAUGGCUGGGGAGACCUAUGGAGAUGAGAGGAAGAGCUCUGCCAACUUUUUUUCUGACCCAACAAAGGUCGCUACAGACCUACUGAAAGACUAUGCCGGCUUGCGUAGUCAGACAUCUCCAGCAGAGCUCGCUGGCCUCAUCAAGGAGUUGCUCCAAAAAGGCCAGCCUCUUGAUGACAAGAAGGGAACAACUGAGAUCUUGAUCGGGAUUUUGACAUCCCUCCCUUCCACAUCGAGCACCAGGGUCCAGCUGACCAACAAACUCAUUGAUACGCUCUGGGGUACCCUCCAGCAUCCGCCACUGAGCUAUGUUGGUGGUGAUGUCAAGUACGAGGUCGUCAACCCCAAUGAGACAGCAUCGAAGGACAAGCAACAGACCGAGGACUCGAUCGAGUUCAAGGCCCCUGACAGCGACGUGAUUCUACGUGAGCAGGUACCUCGCCCACCUGAUGGACUCCACCACUACAGGAUGCCGGAUGGAAGCUACAACAACAUCCUCGAGCCUAACCUGGGCAAAGCCGGCACCCCCUACGCCAAAACGGUCAGGACCAGCAAGAGACUCCAUGGUGUCAAGCCAGACCCAGGUCUCCUGUUUGACCUCUUGAUGGCCCGUGACGAUAGCACCUUCAAGGAGAACCCUGCCGGAAUAUCGUCCAUGCUCUUCUACCAUGCGUCUAUCAUCAUCCACGACAUCUUCCGGACCAACCGGACGGACAUGAACAAGUCCGACACGUCGUCGUAUCUCGAUCUUGCCCCGCUUUACGGAUCCUCACUCAAGGAUCAGUUGGAGAUCCGUACCAUGAAAGAGGGUAUGCUCAAGCCCGAUACCUUCCACGAAAGACGUCUCCUCGGACAACCUGCCGGUGUCAACGCCAUGCUGGUUCUAUACAACCGCUUCCACAACUACGUCUGCGACAUUUUGCUCAAGAUCAACGAAAACGGUCGCUUCACUCUGCAGUGCCCUGCCGACGCCAGCCCCGAAGACAGGGCCAAGGCUGUGGCCAAGCAGGACCAUGACCUUUUCAACACAGCACGUCUGAUUGUCGGUGGAUUGUACAUCAACAUUUCCCUCCACGACUACUUGCGUGCCAUUACGAACACGCACCAUUCCAAGAGCGACUGGACCCUUGACCCUCGCGUCGAGAUCGGUAAGCAGUUUGACGGCGAGGGCGUGCCCCGCGGCGUUGGCAACCAGGUCAGCGUCGAGUUCAACCUGCUUUACCGCUUCCACUCUUGCAUCUCAAAGAAGGACGAGCGCUGGAUCGACAACUUCUUUGCCAAGCUUUUCCCGGACCGCAAGCCUGAGGAUCUGCAGAAUGUCGGCAUGGCCGAGCUCGGCCAGGCUUUGAUGACGUUCGAGCAAAGCAUCCCCAAGGACCCCAGCGCCCGUACAUUUGACAACCUGGAACGCCAGGCGGACGGCAAGUUCAAGGACGAGGAUCUUGUGCGCGUUCUGAAGGAGGCCAUGGACGAUCCUGCUGGCUGCUUCGGUGCACGCAUGGUUCCCAAGGCUCUCAAGAUCGUGGAGAUCCUUGGCAUCAACCAGGCCCGUAAGUGGCAGGUAGCCAGUUUGAAUGAGUUCAGAGAGUUUUUCGGGCUCAAGAAGUACGACAAGUUCGCCGAGAUCAACUCGAACCCAGAAAUUGCGACCCUUCUCGAGAAGCUGUACACAGACCCCGACAUGGUUGAGCUGUACCCUGGCCUCAUGAUCGAGGAUAUCAAGCCCGCCAGAAACACGGGAAGCGGCAUCUGUCCUACAUACUCUGUCGGUAGAGCCGUUCUGUCUGACGCAGUCACACUUGUGCGGUCGGAUAGAUUCAACACGCUCGACUACACCGUCUCAAACCUGACGGCUUGGGGGUACAACGAGGUCCAGCAAGACUACAAGACGCUCGGGGGCUCGAUGCUUUACAAGCUCAUCCAGCGUGGUCUUCCAAACUGGUUCCCGUACAAUUCGGUGGCCGUCAUGCAGCCCAUGUAUACCAAGAAGGCGAACGAAUCCAUUGCCAAGGAGCUGGGCACCCUCCAUCUGUACACAUCCAAUGACCCGAAGCCGCCCCCGAAGAUAGUCGUCGUGGCGACCAGCGUUGCCAUCAAGCAAGUUCUCGGCAACUCCAAGCAGUUUGUGGUGCCAUGGCUCCAGCCUCUCAACGACUUGUUCACGGGCACCAAGAAGGACAUCAGCUGGUUCAUGCUUGCGGGCGACGAACCCAAGAACUACCAGCACCGCGUCAACCUCCUCAAGGCGAUGGGAAAGAUCCCCAACCUGCACAACGCCGUUCACGAGUUCGUCGACCGUGUGGGUGCAAAGCUUAUUGAGAAGGAGACGUUCAAGUUGAAGGAGGGUCUUUGCCAAAUGGAUAUCAUCCGCGAUGUCGCCAUUCCGCUGAACGCUCAGCUUCUCGCAGACCUUUUCUACUUCGACAUGCGCACCGAUGAGAACCCGAACGGUACGCUCAGCGCCGCUGAUCUCUACCGACACCUGCUCAACAUUCGCGUCUGGGGUGUCAACAACAACGAUCCCGCUCAGGCCUGGAACCGCCGGCGCCGAGCGACAGAGAGCGUCAAUGCCAUCAUCGAUUCGACCCGCGGGCUCGUCAACGAGGUCGUUGUUGGGCGAGGUUUGGGUUUCGGAAUCGCGUCGACAAUUUCUGGUGUUGUCGGCCGCAAGUCCAACUUCAAGAAGGAUUCGCUGCGUUCCUGUGGCCACAAGCUUGUCGAGGAGCUAUUGGCGCAGGGUAACUCUGCCGAGCAGGUUGUAGACAACAUGUGGCUUACAGCAUUUGGAGGCAUUGGUGCUCCUGUGACGGCUUUCUACGAAGUCUUGGAGUACUUCCUGCGUCGCGAGAACGCCUCUAUUUGGGCAGAGGUCCAGACUCUUGCUCAAAAGAAUGACGAUGCCGGGCUCCACGCCUACGUCAAGGAGGCCCAACGCCUUACAAGCUCGCAGCGCAAUGUCCGGGUGGCCACGGUGGCGGCUGAGGUUGACGGCAAGCAGGUCCAACCUGGAAAUGUUGUGGUGAUGCUUCUGGGCGAUGCCGGCCGCAACCCGAAGGAGGUAGCGAACCCCGACAAGUUUGACGCGAAACGCAAGACGGAUCCCGUAUCGGCUUUCAGCUAUGGCCAGCACGAGUGCCUCGCCAAGGACAUUGCGACAACGUUCAUUGUCGGCCUUGUGAAACUCGUGGCCGAUCUCAAGCAGUUGCGCCCAGCCCCGGGCCAAAUGGGUCUGGUCAAGACAAUCCGUGUUGGUAGCGAGAAGGCCUACCUCAACGACAGUUGGUCCUACCUGGGCUUCGAUGCAAGCACCUGGAAGGUUCACUUUGACGGGCACGGAAAGGGGAACUUUGAGGGUGAUGUUCAGCCCAACAAGCCUAUCGACCUAGGCCAAUACUACUACCUGCUUCAGAAGCGCAAGGAGAAGCUCCUGAAUGGCAACAGCAGCAAUGGCACAAAUGGCAGCUCAUGA